UGAAAUUAUCGCUGGACAAUUUUGGAAAAUUAUAUUUUCAUCUCUAAUUAAAAAUUGGAUUAGACCACUUUGGCGAUAUAAAGAAUCGUGAGAAAAUUGAUUGUGAUUCUUGCUGUACAUAAAAAUUUUCCAGAUUGAUUAUUCCAUUUUGUUCAUUUCUUAGCAUAAAAGAUUGUUAAAUUUCAUUAUUUGAAAUGAUUAUUAAUAUAAAAUAUGUCAUCAGCAUGUAAUUCAAAUUUCAUAUCGUGUUAUGUACAUUCGCCUAACUGUACAGUGUAGCAUUGCGAGUAUUGCAAACCACUGCUUUAUCUGAUGAACCUUAACCUCACAGCGAUUUGUAAUAAAAAUGUCGAAGAAUAUAUUUGUUACUGUUGGCACCACAAAAUUUGACGAAUUAAUUAAUACAGUAACAGAUUCUCAAGUACUGAAGAAUUUAAACAAAAAAGGAUACAAUUAUUUAACCCUACAGAUUGGUAAUAGUGCGUUAGACCCAAACUGUACACCAAGGUAUGGGUUCCAUCACAUAGAUUAUUUUCACUUAAGUCCUUCGAUCAAAGAAUAUAUAUUGUCUGCUGAUUUAAUAAUAAGUCAUGCUGGGGCAGGUACUUGUUUAGAAGUAUUAGAGGCUCAAAAGCCGUUGAUAGUUGUAACUAAUCAGCUUCUAAUGGAUAAUCAUCAACUUGAAUUAGCAUCACAACUCUAUGAAGAUGGACAUUUAUACUAUUGUACAUGUGAUACUUUAUUAGAUGUAAUCAAAACUAUGGAUUUAUCAAGAUUAAAACCAUUUAGAACUGAUAAGAGUAAGAACAUUGUGAAUUGUAUAAAUGAAAUUAUGGGAUUCUAAUAUUUAAUCAUUAUUGCAUACAAUGAGAAUCACAAGAUUCGAUGUUAUAACAGAUAUAAUUUAAUAUUCAACAUAAUAUACAAUGUGAGUGCAUAGUA